GACCACGUGUUUAUCACACCGCAAUCAUUCAGGUAGUGAUAGCCGAUCGAUGAAAAAAACCCAGUUGUCUAAGGUCAUGAACUAAAAUAACUAUAUGAGAAACUCGUCAGGUCACCAAAGGCUGUUGGGCUAGAGGUUUCGUCGGUUGUAGGGUGAGAUAUUGAACUGGACCGUUCACGGUUGACUAUCAUCGCAAAUAACUAACAGUUUGUGCAGAGAUAACUAUCGAAAUGGAGGGUGCCAAGGCAGCAAUCGAAGCCAAGAAAGCCGAGUGGAAGAGACACUUUGAGGAAAAUAACUUGAAAGCAAUCGGUGAAAUCUACGCAGUGGACUGCAAGUUAUUGCCUCACGGGAAGCCAACUGUACACGGCAGACACGAUAUUCCCGAUGGUCUGAAAGAGCUGCGAAUGAAAGGCACUACGUCGCUUAGCUGGGAGACCGAUGAGCUUGGGCCAAUGACGGGAAAUGGUGACGUCAUCUUUGAACUUGGCAACUACAAGUUUCUGAAAUCUGAUGGGAGUUCUGUGACCGAAGGAAAGUAUGUACAUCUCAGAAAAGCACAAACUUUCCAGAAGCAUUACUCGUUUAUUCAUCAUUUGAGACACCGUACGUUCUUGUAUUCAGCAAUGGAAUGAAUGUUCCAACACUCACUUUCUA